AUGCCGACGUGGGCUCUGUAUACGGCGCUUCGCCUCCUCGUGCUAUCCAACCUAUUCCAGUUCGGGUUAUCAGCAUCUCGCCAAAACGAGUCUUCGCUCGCGAGCGUCGUGGUGGCGAAUGAGAUCGUUGCAGGGAGAGUGGACGAAAUGGAAUCCGAGUUGGAGGAGGCGUUGGCGGGAAGGACGCAAGGGGAUGUAGCAGCAGGAAAUCUUUCGAGCAUCGCGCCACUAGACAAUCAGCUGACGAGUCUAACGGGCGGCGACAAGCACCGCUCCCCACCGCUUUCUGUUUCCGUGGCCCGGCAGUCUCUCUCAUCCGCCUCCCCUGCAGCAGCCAAUGCCUCGCUCGACUCGGCCAUUACCCUGAAGGAGAGGGAGGCGGAGGAGCGAGCUAAAGUGGCUGCAAAGCGGUGCUAUGGGAUGCAGAGGGCAUACCGCAUGGGGUUUGAGAGGGGCGGCAUGGCAUGGGAGCCACAGGCGGAUCGCUACGUGCUCAUGGACUGCCAUCGCAACCAGGUGGGCGUGGUAACCAUGUGUGGUAAACAGGUGGGUGUGGUAACCAGGUGGGGUGUGGUAACUGAGUAUGGUAACCAGGUGGGUGUGGGAACCAGGUGGGGUGUGGUGGUAAUCAGGGACAUUGGCUCACCCCAGCUGAGCAACCGCAUUCGGUGCAUCAAGAACCACCUGGUGGUGGCGGGCGUGUUCAACCGCACGCUCGUGGUGCCCCUGCGAGCACACGAGGUCGCCCGCCACUACGACCGCCGCACCUUCUUCCAUCUCCCGAGUGCCACAGUGCAAGUGGAUCAAGUGCUGUGUCUGCAGAAGCAAUGCUACAACCAAUCUGCUGCCUCCCGCGACGACCUCCCCUCCCUCUCCGGUGUCACCUACCCUCCGAACCUCGCGCUCACGAUCGGCAACGCCUCCGAGCCUCUGGAAAUCCCAAAGCUCCUGGCCCUGCGGUCUCUGAUACAGCCAACUGCGAGGGUUGUUCUGCUGGGAGAUCUGGGAUCCAUGCAUCUCACGUUCCCAGGGAAGAAUUACCUGGACGUCCCCUUUAGGCAGUCUAUUGAGUGCCCUAAUGCUCUGGCUGUAGCGCCACACCCCGCUAUCCUCGAAGCUGCUAGGGAGUUUGUUCGCAGUGUGGUGCUGCCGGGUUCCAGGAGGGAAUGGGAGGCUGCUGAUGCUGAUGUGGUGACGGAAGGAGGUAAAGCCACUGACCAGCCGCAGCAGCAGCAAAAGGAGGGGGACGGAAAUGGGGGGGGGAAGGGGCUGGAGGGAGGGCGUGCAGUUGGUCGGUACAUGGGGGUGCAUUGGAGGCGAACGGACCUGAUGCAGCACAGCAACCCCAAUGCACGGCUCUCUGUGGAGCAUGCGGGUGCAUGCCUGGUGAAGGCCAUGGGCAUGGCUGGAAACAUCUCCACCAUGUUCCUUGCCUCUGAUACUGACGACCGCGAGGUGGAGGCGCUGGAGAAAUUUAUGAAGGAAAGGAUACUGGGCUUUAAGCUGGUUCAAAGACCCAACUGCUGUCGUGCGUCUGCUGAGAGUGGAGCAAGGGGGAGCCUAUGCCGACAUUCUCUCAGGGGCAGCAGCAGUGGAGGGGCAUUAUUCAUAUCUUCUCCUGCUGUCCCUCCCCCCCCGAUCACUGCACUGCCAUCCCCAGCCGCUGUUGUCCGUCUGCUGAGAGUGGAGCAAGGGGGAGCCUAUGCCGACAUUCUCUCAGGGGCAGCAGCAGGGGAGGGGGCGGGCGGGUGGGAGCUGGAGAUGCAGUAUGUGCGGCGCACGCUGGGCUUUGGGCUUUUGCCUCUGGAGGGGCGGGGAAGGCGCCAUGUGACUGAGCUCGUGGCAGGUGUCACCCGGUGGAGGCGUUAUCUGGACUUUCUGCUCUCGGAGUUUUUUUCGGGCAGCCUGAAUGAGCUGGAGAGGAUGGAGCCACUGCUGAAGCAGAUUCUCCGAUUGGGGAUGUUUGAGCUCGCUAAGAUGGACACACCACCACAUGCUGCAGUCAACGAGGCGGUCAAGCUCGCUCGGGCAGCCUUAAGGCCCGGAGCCGCCUCAUUGGCCAAUGCUAUUUUGCGGGCAGCUGUUCGCGCACAGGAGCAAGGCCCACUGCCGGCCCCGUCGCUGCACGAUGCAAUGACGGACCGGGACAAGGCGCGGGCCCUCGCCACGCUGCACUCUCACCCCGUGUGGAUGGUGCGGCGGUGGGCCGACAGGCUGGGGUGGCGAGAGGCGGAGCGGCUGAUGGAGAGCAACAACGCCCGCCCCGUCUUCUCCCUCAGGGCCAACACUGCCAAAGGGGUAUCGCGUUCUGAUCUGCACUCCUUGCUGCUGGCGCUCCCCGAGGUGGAGGUGGAAGAUUCACCGUACCUGGACGAUUUCAUUCGCGUAAAAGCGGGCAUGCAGCAUGUGCUCACAGCGGGGCUCAUAGAGGAUGGGUCGUGCAACGUGCAGGAUGAGAGUGCAGGGCUGGUGGUGAAGGUGCUGGCGCCCCAGCCAGGGGAGACCGUGGUGGACUGCUGUGCUGCGCCCGGGGGCAAGGCCAUGUAUGCCGCUGGGCUCAUGCAAGGGACAGGGCGGCUGGUGGCAGUGGAUGUGAACGAGGGCCGAGUGAGGAUGGUGGCGCAGGCAGCACAGCGCCAGGGGCUGCAAAGCAUGGUGGAGUGUGUCUCUUCUGACCUGAGGACUUACGCUGCGUCAUCCCCCCUGCGUGAGACAGCAGACCGAGUGCUGCUGGAUGCACCCUGCUCCGGCCUUGGGGUGCUGGCCAAGAGGGCGGAUCUGAGGUGGAGGAGGACAGUGGAGGGGGAGGCGCAGCUCACAGCACUACAGGACGACCUGCUGGACGCUGCUGCCAGUCUGGUGCGGCCGGGGGGAUUGCUGGUGUACUCCACGUGUUCCAUAGAGCCAUCGGAGAAUGAGGAUAGGAUCACCACCUUCCUUCAAACACACCAUGAGUUUGUAUUGGAACCACUAGAUGCUUCAGUAUUGCCCGAAGCGAUGAUCUCACGCCUUCGUUGCUUUGCAUCAUUGCCGCAUUGCCACGCAAUCGACGGGGCAUUUGCUGCUCGUUUGCGAAGGCGGGAGUUGUGA